CGCUCUCUCUUUUCUCGCAGGAUGACCCGUUACUCCACCAAUCCCGCAAACGCUGCCAAGUCGGUCAAGACCCGUGGUGACCACCUCCGUGUUCACUACAAGAACACACGGGAGGCGGCUGCGGCGCUCAAGGGCCUCUCGAUCCCCAAGGCUCAGGCUUACCUGAAGAACGUCCAGGAGCACAAGCAGAUCAUCCCGUACACUCGCCACACUGGCGGUGUUGGCCGUCACGCACAGACCAAGCAGUUCAAGACCCCCGGCUCUCUCGGUCGCUGGCCCGCCAAGAGCGUUGAGUACCUCCUCAACCUGCUCCAGAACGCUGCCUCCAAUGCCGACCUUAAGGGCCUUGACAAGGAGACCCUCCACGUCUCGCACGUCCAGGUCAACCGCGCCCCCAAGAUGCGCCGCCGCACUUACCGUGCUCACGGUCGCAUCAACGCGUACCAGAGCUCCCCCUGCCACAUCGAGCUCAUUUUCAGCGAGAAGGAGGAGACCGUCCCCGCUCCCCCGCCCAAGGCUUAAAUCACUCAAAAAUUAUGUCGGGUUGUUUUGAAGCAACGUGACUGAUUUUUUUCUGUUUUUAUGUGCCCGCCCUCUUGCCCCCCCCCCCAUCUGGCGUGGGGUUUGCAGUGUUUUGUCCAGGUGCCCUUUCUUUGGUUUUUUUGAAACAAUACAAGACACGUUGCAUUUUGC